AAUUAGCGUAGCAUCCUUCUUUCUUCAAUCACUAUUAGCAUUUGGGAUUAAAGGUUCCUUUGACCUAUUGCUUGCGACACAAGCAGAGAAAAUGAGAAAUUUUCUUUCGCUCAUCUUUUUUCUGUUGAGCAUCUCGACAUCCAUACAUUAUGUUGUUGUUACUUCUUUGCAUGUGAAGUAUCUUCCUGGUUUUGAAGGUCCUCUUCCUUUCGCGCUCGAGACAGGGUAUGUGAGUGUUGGUGAAUUUGAGGAUGUUGACCUCUUUUACUACUUUGUGAAAUCAGAGAGAAAUCCACAAAAAGAUCCUCUCUUGAUUUGGCUCACUGGUGGGCCUGGAUGCAGCUCCAUUUGUGGACUACUCUUCGCAAACGGUCCUUUAGCUUUCAAAGGAGAUGUAUAUAAUGGGACACUGCCUCCUCUGGAGCUAACAUCUUUUUCUUGGACAAAGGUGGCUAACAUUUUAUAUUUGGAAUCUCCUGCUGGCUCUGGAUAUUCUUAUGCCAAAACUCCGCGUGCUGCUGAGACGAGCGACAUCAUACAAAUUCAUCAAAUCGAUCAAUUUCUUAGAAGAUGGUUGGUGGAUCACCCUGAGUUUAUAUCGAAUCCAUUUUACGUUGGUGGAGAUUCAUAUUCCGGGCACAUUGUUCCCGGAGUUGUGCAACAGAUUUCACUUGGAAAUGAGAAAGGUCUCACACCAUUCAUAAGUAUUCAGGGAUAUGUUCUUGGAAACCCUAUAACAAAUCUAAACCUUGAAUCUAAUUAUAAAGUUCCAUUUGCUCAUCGGAUGGGACUUAUUUCAGAUGAGCUCUUUGAGUCGCUUGAAAAAAGUUGCGGAGGAAUACACAUUAAUCUAGAUCCGAGUAAUGAAAAAUGCUUAAAUGAUCUUCAAGCUUAUGAUAAUUGUAUCUCGGAGAUAUAUGUAGAGCAGAUUUUGUUACCAAACUGCCCAGUAGAUUACGUCUUAGGAGACAUACCACAAACCUUACGAAACAUCAAAACUGGUAGACGGCGAGAACUGAAAGAGUUUUCAGGAAACGAUACACCAUCAUUGCCUCCUCCUAGCUGCUUUACUUAUAGGUAUUUUCUGUCUGCUAUUUGGGCAAACGAUGAAAAUGUACGCAAAGCUCUAGGCGUGAAGAUGGAGUUAGGAAAAUGGAACCGAUGCAACAUCCAAAACAUUCCAUAUACAUUUGAUAUUGACAAUGCCGUUCCAUAUCACGUGAACAAUAGUCGUAAAGGGUUCCGCUCCCUCAUCUACAGUGGUGAUCAUGAUAUGAUGGCACCUUACUCUUCAACGGAAGUAUGGAUCAGAAGUCUCAACUAUUCCAUUGUUGAUGACUGGAGACCUUGGAUGAUGAGUAGCUAUCAAGUCGCUGGAUAUACAAGGACUUACGCUAAUAAGAUGACAUUUGCAACCAUCAAGGGAGGAGGACACACCGCUGAGUAUAAUCCUGACCAAUGCUCACUUAUGUUCAAAAAAUGGAUUGAUGGAGAACCUCUCUAAAGUUUCUCACUCAUUUCUCUCUCAAAAGCUUCUUGUCAA